CGAUUUGAAGCACAAGACGAGGCCCCUUAUCUGCGGCUACCCGGUCAGUAUCUUCUUCAUUGUGGUCAAUGAGUUCUGUGAGCGGUUCUCCUACUAUGGCAUGCGAGCGGUGCUGGUGCUCUACUUCAGGUAUUUCCUGAGGUGGGACGAUGACCUGGCCACCUCCAUCUACCACACUUUUGUGGCUCUCUGCUACCUGACGCCCAUCCUGGGAGCCAUCAUUGCUGACUCGUGGCUCGGCAAGUUCAAGACAAUCAUCUAUCUGUCCAUCGUCUACACGCUGGGACAGGUCGUCAUGGCCAUAAGUGCCAUUCAUGACAUCAUGGACGCAGACAGGGACGGGGUCCCCGACAACCUAGAUUUCCAUGUUGCCCUGUCCAUGGUGGGUCUCAUCCUCAUUGCCCUGGGUACAGGGGGUAUCAAACCCUGUGUAGCUGCCUUUGGUGGAGACCAGUUCGAAGACCACCAGGAGAAGCAGAGGAGCACCUUCUUCUCCAUCUUCUACCUGUCGAUCAACGCCGGCAGUCUCCUGUCUACCGUCAUCACCCCCAUUCUCAGAGCCCAGGAGUGUGGCAUUCACACUUUACAGAAGUGCUACCCGCUGGCCUUCGGCGUCCCUGCCGCCCUCAUGGUUGUGGCUCUCAUUGUGUUCAUCGCCGGUAACGGCAUGUACAUCAAGACUGCCCCUAAAGGAAACAUCAUGCUGGAAGUCUGCAAGUGCAUCGGGUUCGCCAUCAAGAACCGCUUCAGACAUCGCGGCAAGGAGUACCCCAAGAGGAGCCAUUGGAUGGACUGGGCUGAGGAAAAAUAUGAUAAACUGCUCAUAGCCCAAGUGAAGAUGGUGCUGAAGGUGCUGUUUCUCUACAUCCCUCUGCCCAUGUUCUGGGCUCUCUUUGACCAGCAGGGCUCCAGGUGGACCCUCCAAGCCACCACUAUGAACGGGGACUUUGGAAUCCUGACAGUCCAGCCGGACCAAAUGCAGACUGUCAACGCCAUCCUGAUCCUGGUUAUGGUGCCUAUCAUGGAGAGCGUGGUCUACCCGCUGAUCGCCAAAUGCAAAAUCAACUUCUCUCCCUUAAAGAGAAUGACUGUAGGAAUGUUCAUGGCUGCUUUGGCUUUCAUUGCCGCCGCCCUGGUUCAGAUACAGAUUGAUCAAACCUUGCCCCAGUUCCCAUCCAGCAGCGAGGGCCAAGUGAAGUUCAUCAACAUGGUUAACCAAGAGAUCUCCAUCACUGCCGGGCACGAGAACUUGACCAUUGCUCCUUUCAAGUCCUCUGGUGAAUACAUGACAUUUGAUGCGCCAUUUGAUCUGACGCUGGGACGCAACAAAACCACAGUGGAGCUUGAGCAAGGCACCCGACAGACCCAGAUCAUCUUUAAGGAAGGGUCCAGUCUGAGAACCAGAACGUUUCUUGAUAUCAACUCGAAGCCGGAGCAGGGCGCCAACGCUAUCAGAUUUGUAAAUGGCUUCAGGUCAGAACUGAAUGUGACUUCGGGUACACGGAAAUUUGGGAUUAGCGAAAUGCACAUGUCAACCCCCGUGUCGGUACCACAGGGAAAUGCAGAGUUCAUCAUCAGUAACGGAAAGGACAACUGUACCUAUAGUCAGACACUGGGCUUCGGCAGUGCUUACACUAUCGUCAUUCCCACCACGUUCAAGUUUGGUCCAAUGUGUGAAGAGAGCAUCCAGGCGGUGUUAGACAUCAACCCUAACACCAUCCACAUGGCCAUGCAGAUCCCGCAGUACUUCCUCAUGACCGUUGGGGAGGUGGUCUUCUCUGUCACUGGCCUGGAGUUCUCCUACUGUCAGGCACCCAGCAACAUGAAGUCAGUGCUGCAAGCAGGUUGGCUGUUGACAGUCGCAAUGGGAAACAUCAUUGUGCUUAUUAUUGCAGAGGCAGGACAGCUUCCAGAGCAGUGGGCCGAGUACGUCCUCUUUUCCUCUCUGCUAGUGGCGGUGUGUGUCAUCUUUGCCAUCAUGGCCCACUUUUAUACCUACAUGGACCCGACCGAGAUAGAGGCUGAGUUCAGUCAGCUCAAUCCUGACAAAGAGGAGAAGAAGAAGUACUUGGAGACGGAGAAGACGAAGACGAAGGUCUCGGUGGAGCCCUACAAUGAGAAGAAGAGGGGCUCCGAUUCCAGCUCUGACGAGGAUGAUCGUGACGCCAAAAUGACCAAGUUUUAAAGUGAUUCUUUCUUGGCGGCUCUUCACGGUUUCUUAUGCGACAGCUGCUUGGUUAUGCGUUGCAUGACAUGAGGGUAUCGGUGCCAUUUUAGUUGAAUACUGUGGUCAUUUUAGCAGCGCCCCGCUGGAGGAGUGGUGAUGGACGACCCCAAGUGACAUGGAGCUGCUGGAGGAGGAAAGCAGAAAUAGGGAGUAGAUGGUUAAGCUGUAAGGCGGAUCUUUGCAGGGGUAAGCUUUAAACUUAAAGCAGAGAACAUUGCAUAUUUCAGCAGUUUAAAUCUCACAUUCAUAGGAGAAAUGUCUUUUUAUUCAGAAGUUAUACAAAAAAAAAAUCUGACCUGUGGAUCCACUUAAGGUUGAUUACUUGUACUUUGGAUAUUGUAAAUAUAUUUUUUACAAUGAUUUUUUUUUGCACUGUGUAGCAAAAAUAAUAUUUUUUCUUUUUCUUUUUUUUUUCAUAAUCUUUUGUAGCUGACACAUUUACCGUAACCAUUCCAGCAUUUGUAUUUAUUUCCAAGCUCUGGGUUGUAUGUAUUGUAAAAUAUUAUAUAUAUUGUCUCUAUUCUGCACUUGAUGUUGCCAGCUGCUUUUUUCCAUGUUGAGAUUUGUGCAAAGUUUAUCUUUCGUCUUGGAGAAAAAUACUUGCCUGUUCAUCAAGUUCUUAAAUAAACAGACUAAAAAUGUGUGGACGUGUACUAU